AUGGAAACCAAAAAUGCAACAGAGCUGAGAGAGUUCAUUCUUACAGGACUUACACAUCAACCAGAGUGGCAAAUUCCCCUGUUUCUGCUGUUCUUUAUGAUAUAUCUCAUCACCAUCAUGGGAAACACUGGUCUGAUUGCACUCAUCUACAAUGACCCUCAACUUCAUAUCCCGAUGUACUUUUUUCUUGGGAACUUGGCCUUUGUGGAUACUUGGUUAUCAUCCACAGUGACCCCCAAGAUGUUAGUCAACUUCCUAGGCAAGAGUAAGAUGAUCUCUCUCUCUGAAUGCAAGAUACAAUUCUUUUCCUUUGCAAUCAGUGUAACCACAGAAUGUUUUUUGCUGGCAACAAUGGCAUAUGAUCGCUAUGUAGCCAUUUGCAAACCAUUACUUUAUCCAGUGAUUAUGACCAAUAGACUAUGCAUGCAGCUGCUGGUCUCAUCAUUUAUAGGUGGCCUUCUUCAUGCCUUAAUUCAUACAGGUUUUCUAUUCAGAUUAACCUUCUGUAACUCUAACAUAAUACUUCAUUUUUACUGUGAUGUCAUGCCACUGAUUAAAAUUUCUUGUACUGAUCCUUCUAUUAAUGUUCUAAUGAUAUUUAUUUUCUCUGGCUCAAUACAGGUGUUCACCAUUCUGAUAGUUCUUGUCUCAUACACACUUGUUCUCUUUACAAUAUUAAAAAGGAAAUCUUUGCAAGGCAUAAGGAAGGCCUUCUCCACCUGUGGGGCCCACCUCCUGUCUGUCUCUUUAUACUAUGGGCCUCUUCUCUUCAUGUAUGUGCGCCCUGGAUCCACACGAGCAAAUGAUCAAGAUAUGAUGGACUCUUUAUUUUACACUGUCAUAAUUCCUUUCUUAAAUCCAAUUAUUUACAGCCUGAGAAAUAAGAAAGUUAUAGAUUCUCUGACAAAAAUGUUAAAGAGAGAUGGUUGUAUCAUAGUUUUAUCGGUAUUCUUUUCACUUAAAUAUUGA